AUGCUGCUGGACGUAGGUGAAGUCGUCGAAGAAGACGACGAUCUUGUCAAGGUCGAGAACGUGGAGGCGCUUGACGAACUUAGCAAUGUGUUGAGCGCAGCGCUGGCGGAGGAGCUUGAAGAGGAGCUUGAGGAAGAGCUUAUAGACGAUGUAGAAGAUGACGAGGUUACGGCUGUGCUCGAGGAAGAGCUACCAGAGCUCGAAGAGAGUGAAGACGACGUUGAUAUCCUCGUGGUUGAUGUUGAUGAACUCGUAGUUGACGCCAAGCUCGCGGCGUUGACAGUGACACUCGAGGAUGAGGUGCUUGAAGGGAUGCUGCUCGAGCUAUUACUACUACUCGUGGAAGAACUGCUACUCGUCACGCUAUUGCUGCUGCUGCCUGUACUACUUGUUGUGGGAACCAGAGCCGCGGGGUUAAUUGUGACACUUGUAGAUGAAUACGCAGAGGUACGGGAUAUACUGCUGGUAGUGAAAAUACUGGCAGUAGAGCUGGUGGCAGAACUGCUAGUAGUGGCACUGCUGGAUGUGGAAAGCAGGCUUGCUUGGUUCGCCGUGGGUGAAGCAGUAGAGCUACUCGGAGAACCACUCGAAGAGCUGCUUGAAGUGCUACUCAGAGAUGCCGUGCUGAAUAUCGAGCUUCUGGUCGUCGAGGUGCUCGUUAUGGAGCUUAUUGUAGAUAACAGGGUGGCUUCGUUGACCGUCGCACUCGAAGAAGUGGGAGACGAGCUGACAGCAGAGCCACUAGAUGAUGGGGUGGUAGUAGUGCCACUGCUAGUGGAUACCGAGAUCGAAGAGCUGGCAGAGGUGGGAGAUGUUGAGCUGGUGGAUGAGCUACUGCUUGUAGACGCACUGCUAGUAGUGGACACCAAUGAGGCCGCUUCAACUGUCGGGCUUGAAGAAGACGAAGUGCCUGUUGAUAAGCUGCUCGAGAACCUGCUCGUAUUCGUAGAAGUGAUGUUGCUGUUCGGAGCUGAGCUUAAGGAGCUUGCUGUGGUACUUGACGACGAGCUGAUGACGGAAACACUGCUCGUCGGAGUCCCAAUAGUGGAGGUGGAUAUCAAAGUAGCCGCGUUAACCAUCGGACUCGAUAAAUUAGACGAGGACAAUGUAGUUCCUACAGAAGAGCUACUCGUUGCACUUGGCGAGGAGCUUGUUGUUGCCCUGGAAGAUGAGACUGUUGAAAGACUGCUCAUAGAUGCGCUGCUGGUCGUUGACAGGAGCGUGGCUGCAUUGACUGUUGGGUUGGAUGAAGAAGACAAAGAAGGAGAAGAAGACGUGCUAGAGAGACUACUAGUCGAAAUUGUAGUACUGCUAGUAGGGAUAACUGUAGAUGAGCUUUCCGACGAACUGGAAGAGGGUGAAGAGCUGACUGCGGAGCUGCUCGAAGGUGCCGCUGUUGAACUGAUGCUCGGUGACAGUAACGUAGCUGGAUUGACUGUUGCGAUGAUGGAGGAAGUAGUACUGGGGACCGUACUACUGAUAGUGGAGCCUAAAUUGGACGUUGAACUCGAAGACGACAACGGGCUGUUAGCCGAGGUGCUUGAAGGGGACCCUGCUGCGCUGCUUGUCGCCGGGAGCAGUGUUGCGGCGUUGGCAGUUGGACUAUCAGAUGCAAAGCUGCUGAGCGAGCUACUACUCGACGCAGUACCGCUGGAAGUGAAGCUUGAACUGACUGCAGUGACUGCAGAGCUAGAAGAUGGAGAAGAACUGCUACUCGUGGCGGCGUUCGUCGUUGGGCUGGCUGGCGAUGAUGUACUCGAGGUGAUUGACGAGGAGCUACUGGGCGGCGUUGAAAUACUGCUGGACGUAGAUGCAGAUGAGGCAGGACUAGAAGAGUCAGUUGACGAGGAGCUGCCGAAAAGGCCGCUUGAAGAUGACGUCGGUUGGGAAACAGGGCUACUGAUCGACGAUGUGGAAGAAGCCAAAACCGAGCUAGAGGAACUUGAGCUCUGGCCCGCUGAGGUGCUGCUUGAUGUCGAAAGCAACGUAGCAGCAUUCGAGGUCGGGGUUGUGGAGGAAGAAUCGCUUAACAAGAGGCCGGAUGCAAUCUGCGUCGAUGAUAUGUUUGCGGUCGCCGAUAAGCCCUGA